CGUUUUUAUCUAGUUAAUGGUGAACAAAACGUUAUCCGUAGUAAAAGGACGUUUGGCAGUUCAGAGCCACCUUGUAACAGUGAGUAUAAUUUCUCGUCAUUGUAACAGUUUGGAUAAUUCCCUCAAUUUUGCUAAUAAACGGAAGAAAAACGCACGUAAAGGGCAUUGAUUUGGCUAGUAAACAGAAUUCAUAGGUAAAAAAAUCCUAUCUUUGCUUGUACGUACGUAAGUGAGUUCCUUCAGUCGGCGAUGUUAUUUGGUGCAUUUAAAAUGAGUAAAAGAUGAAGAAAGGCGGGAGAACUUCAGUAAAGCUUGUCGUGUAGGAAGGUAAAAGGCGCAAUUCCUAUCAUGAGAUUCCAGCUCAUCAUACACGAACAAACGGUUAGCUUCUUCUCAUGUCAGUCCCAGGUUAAUAUAACUUAACAGUAAUCGGUUAAAAAAAGUAAUGUAUGUGAUUAAUGAAGGUCUUUUUCUUUUGUGUAGUGACCAACGGUGUUUACUUGGAGAAAUGGGAGAAGAUUGAUUACAAACGCAUUCGAUUUUUGCUGGAGGACCCACGAUAUCCAAAUCUGCCAAGCUUUAGCACGUGCAUUCCCACAUUUGAGCAGCCUUCAAACUGGGGAGACUUCUUUGGCUCACGUUUGAGGACAUACUUUGUUCCAUUUCAAACUGGGGACCAUUACUUUUUCCUGUGUAAGAAGUUUUUACAGAUGAUUAUUUUCAGCUUACAAAUUCAAUCAAUAUCUGAACUAAUUUUAAAUAAGAACUUUGUUUAGCAGUUUCUAAUUUCGUGGAAACUUUAACUACUAAUACUAUGAAUGUGACAAACGCAACGUUUUUAGCUAUCGAAAGGGUACAGAAGGCAAUCCCAAUUUUUUUCAUCCAUACUAUAUUCUUUCUACAUUUGACGUUUUUUAUCCAUCUAAUGUCAACGUGUUUUGUUUCAGCUUCUAAUGCUGGAAGCGCGCUUUUCUUAAGUACGAAUUCAUCCGCCGGAGGAAAAACUCUCAUUACCUAUGUUGAUGGAGGCUUCCCUACAAAGAAAUAUGAAUAUGACAGGUAUAGGAAUUUUCAAUCAGAUCCAAUUUCAGUUUUUGUAUCUAGUGAAUGAUUUUCUCAACGGAGAGAGCGCCUGUGCGGUCGGUGUGUCACGUGUUAGGUUCGUGCAAGAGAGAGUAGUGGGACAGUCAGAGGGAAUCUUGGGCGUUGGCCAGGAUAAGUGAAUUUCACUAAGUUAUUUUUAGAAGUUGUAAUUAAACAAGCCCCCGUUGUUCAAACAUUGGAUAGCGCUUUACUCUGGAUAAAUCACUAUCCAACAGAUAGGUAUUGGGGAAACUAAUUGCAAUAUCCAGUGAAUAGAGAUUUAUCUGGUGGGUACCACUAUCCGGCCUGCCUUUCAACAACCGAGGCCAGGAGUCUUAUUCCUGGAACGCUUGCAUAUUUUAAUCUAUUGUUUGAAACGUCAUCAAGUCCAGGAUCGGAGCGACUACCGCAAAGCAAAUGAACGCAGAAUAUUGUAAUGGUGUAACACCAGUAUCCUCUAUUGACAACACUGAAUAAAUGUUUGUGGACCUCUUAGGAAACCAACAUCCGAUUAAUUUCAUGUUGGUCUAAAAAUAACUUUGGUGAAAUUCACAUAUCCCAAGGGCUAAACUGGGCGUUUCCCUCUCUGACCCAUUAUUCUCGCUUCUCUAAAUUUUUUUUCCCUGUUGUUCUACUCUUAUGACAUGACAAUUAUUACAUCACUUAGGAUAUAUAAAAGAAAUCUUACGAUUAUGUGAACUGCGGUUGGAGACUAUGAAAGUGAUGAGAUCUUGCAGUUAAUAAAACAACCUUAAUGGUUAAAAAACUGAAAAAAAUUCAGAUAUACGAUAGUUUCCCAGCCCUGGGCAUUAAUCAUUGAAGAGGACCUCUGCCUUGCCAGAUUCCUUUCUUAAACACCCAACUUGCAGGUAUACAAACCAAAAAACCCUUCCGAUUUCAUUAAAGAAAGGUAAGUAUUACUACAUGGAGGCCAUCAUGAAAGACGAUCACCAAGAGGAUCAUUUAGAAGUUGGUUUGCAAACCCCAGAUGGAACAUUCUACAAGGUGAUACCCUCCGAGUUCCUACGGACCACAGUUCGUCUUUCUGCUUGUGAGUCUAGCCUAUAAUACGAUCAUUUUUUACAUCGUCCUACGUUUAUUAAGAGUAUAGACAAUGGAUUGGUGCAUUGAUAGGCACCUUCUCGAUGUUAUGUACUCGCGAUUUUCAGAGAAACUUUCCCGGUAUAAAAUGUUUACAAAAAUCUAAUUUUUUCGCAAGUAAUCGGUUUUCUAUCGUAUACAUCUCUCAGUAAUGAUCAAACCUUUUUCAAACUGUCAUUUCUAGCAUCUAUAAGAAUGUAGAGUAUGGUUGAUUUGUUAACUUAUUCGCUUGAUUUUUUUUAGUAGGUCAACGUCCUAAAUGAGUUUUGCUAUUUGCAUUGGUAAAAUGAAAUCAGAAUUUUUUGUGUCAAGAAUGCUCUUCUGCUUUUUCCUUAGAUUUGAAAUUUUUAAGUGAGAGUCUUUAACACAGCAAAAAUACCCAAAACGAAAACACUUUUUUUUAUCUUGCUUAUGAUCAUCUGGGGAUGAAAUCAUUUGCAUUUAACCUUCUGCAGCUCAAAACUUUACCUACCGAUCCAUCCUUAUUAAAGUGGCAGCCAAGGCUGGCGCAAGUGCUGGUUCAUCUUUUGGCGCAAAAUAUGCAAUGAAAAGUGGUGCUGAAGCAGGAGCUAUAGCCGGUGGAAUAGCAGGGGGGGAGGCUGGAGCAUCGGCUGGUGCAGCUGCUGGCGAGAGGGCAGCGAUACAAAUGACUAGGAAAACAAUAGAAGAUGCGCUGAACAGCCUUCAUGGAGACAGCUUGCACAGAUAUAACAUCAUUUUAAGAAACGGAAAUGUAGUUGCUGUGACUGGACCAGGGCUGGAUGGCGCGGAAGAAGCAGGAGCGACUAGUGGUGGAGCAGGCGGUGGGAAUGGACCCAACGAGGCUGGAGGUACAUCUGGCUCUACCGGCAAUGGUGGUGGUGGAAGUUCAGGAGGAGGUGUUGCAAUAGGAAGCGGAAAAGCAGGGACGGGGACGGGAGCAGCGCCUUCUGGUACUGGUGCAGGCACUGCUGGCGGCUUGGGUGCAGGCGCUGGGGCCGGUGUUGGUAAGACUACAGGUGGGGGUGCGAGUGGGAGUGUCAGCGGAAGUACCGAAGGAGCUACUUCAGCUAGUGCUUUGGUAUCUGGAUCAGUUGCCGGUGGUUUGGGAGGAGGUGCGUGGUCCUCAGGUGGCAGAGCAAGUAUCACUGGUGGCAUAUCACACCGUCAAGUUACCUAUAUUCCAAAGCCGGGAGAGGACCCACAAAGUCUUGCACGUUCUUUGGUUUGGAGAGCUGGUGGAGCAACAAAACGUAAGUCAACACCCAUGAGUACGAACGUAUGAGAAAAUAUUGUUUUGCUUUGCUCCGCAAUACUUCUAGCUAUUCAAAAUAGAAUGUUAUUUUAAAAAUAAAAGACAGCGUUUUCAGUAGUAAGGAGCAAGGGUGGCACAGUUGUAAUUGGUCAGCGCGCGGCCUUUGGUGCACGAGGUCCCGAGUUCGAUCCCCUGUAACAUCACAUCCUUGAUUCAACUUCUCUCCUUUUUGGGCAGCUUUGACCAGCUUUAACUUGAAACGGCAUUGCUGGGGAGAGGGGGGUAAAAUGAGCGCACCGGCGUCGACCUCAAGUUUAUCAGUUUAUCAGUUUAUCAGUUAUCAGUGAAUGGAGGCAUGGAAGGCGCAUGUACAAUUUUUCAACUAAGUUAAGACUGUUUGACUUCCCUCUGAAACUAAAGACGUUUUAUGCCUCCCUUAAUGACCCCUGAAAUGCUAUUCCACAACCUACAGCCCAACUGAGAAAAUAAAACGCAUGUCCAAGGCAGGAUGCGGGAGUAUGUUGCGCCUGCACAUCCCGCUUCCCCUGAGAUUUUAGCGGAUAGAGAUAGUGUACAAGUUGUGUUAACUUUGUGAUAGCUUUAUCAAUGAAAUGACAGGUGUGAAAGAAGCAAUUUUAGCAACAAGAUCUCACUGGCAAAGGAUUUCCUACAAACAAACAGUGAUAGCCCAAUAUAAACCGAAACCUGAAACAACACUUUUCUUUCUUAGUUGUAGACAAAGGAUUAUAUACUGUCCAUUCUUUUGACGUACCAUACCAGCAAGAAAACACUUCCCUUAACUUCUGCUGGCAAGUACACAAUGGAGACUUAGCCUUAAGGGCUUUUUGCCAAGUGUUCCAAGCACGAAUCCCUGGGUUGUACAAAGCCUUCGAAAAAAAGAACGAAACAGUAUCGUUUGAGUCAGUCUGUUUACCUGGUUACUUCAUGAGACAGAAGAACUAUCACUUUAUCCUUGAAAAACGCGAUGGAAGUGAUCUAUUUGGUGAGUCAGUAAAUACUUUUUAUUAACCGAGAGUGAGGUCAUUACAGAGAAAUCUCAGACCGAGGCCUUGGAUGUAUUGUCUAUAAAGUUUGGAUGGACAGGUGCAAUAUAUGUUUUUCAACCUUUCUUUUCAGAUAAAGAGAGCUCCUUCACUGUGUAUUCUGUGAUGAAAAUAUCUCGUAAUCUUAUGCUACAAAGUAUGCACAAGGACUGGUACGUUUGCCAAUCGAAGACGAAGGUAAAGGAAAAAACUGACAUAAAGUUGGAUUUCUACAAUGGCAAACCAGACGUCCUUAAUCGCUGCACGUUUAUGUUCCAUCCGAUAGCACAGAACGAGGAUAAAUACAGAAUGUGCAAAAACGUAUUAGGACCAGUUAAACAUCCUGAAAUAGUCGGACAACCUCUUCCUCAUCCACCUCAUCUUGUUCCUAGAAAACCAAACCCACCCACCGUACUUCCGGCAUGCAUUCCAAUCUGUGCAGUGAGUUCGACUGGAGAAGAAUCUGGAAAACCGAGGAUUGUCAGUCCCUCGGUUUCCACCAAUGGCACAGUUAACACAGCUGCAAGUAAGUUUUCUGAAAAAGGUCCGUCGAGGUUAAGGUAGUUGACCCUCUCUGCCCUAGAGGGCAGUUUUACAGAUAGCAGAUAAUUAACCUCAAAUUGUUCCAAUUUUUUUUAUGUUUGAAUACUUUGGAAAAUACAGUAACGCUUGCUAUCGCACUAACGUAAGGGCAGUUAAGUCUUCUCUGGCAGAAUCUGACAAGAACUGAGGUACCCCCCUCGCAAACACUUAAACGUACUUAACACUCUUCCUAAACAAAAGUGUUUUUGCAAUUCAUCACUGACACAGCAUCCACCUUUCGUUUAGUCUGUUUCUCUUUAGUUUCUUAGUUCGUCGCUGCUAGUUUUAUCGUAUUUUUUCGAUAAAUUCAUAUUGUGAUCACGCCUACAUCAUUUGCCUAACUUUAACUAUAAGUUGUUGUUUUUACAGAGAUGUGUGUGGCCCUGAACUUUGUCAACAAUUUUGGAUCCCCUUUAAAGCUGUACUCGUCUUUAAAGAAUGAAGGAUAUCUUGUUACUGGAAAUGGCCUUAAGCUUAAACUAAUUAUUGCUCGACCUGAACUUCAUAGUCACGUGACAUUCUACGCGGAGGACCUUACGGGUAGAAGAGAGCUUCUUCUGAAUGGAGCAUCCAGUAUUGCGGAACCAACGAUUUUGGGAUGUCCCAAGUUUUUGACGGUAUCCGUGACGUCUGAAAGAGGUGACUUAAAAAAAUCUAACCACGGUUUCACUAACCCAGUAUAGUUACUAUUAAACUAGGAGUAAUCGGAGCUUAGAAGAGAGCGUUCGAUAUGUUUGUAAGGCGUACAGGUAGCAGUUGAGGAAGAAGCUAAGGGUGGAUGGUUGUUGCGAUAGAUUAAGCCCGGUUUCCAUAUGAUCGCUAUGAUCGCUGCGAUCGCUCAGAAAAAAAUGUUCAGCGAUCAUAUGGAAACCACUCUCCGGCGAUCGCAGCGACAAUGAUCGUUGAGAUAAAACUUUUUAUAUCUCAGCUAUUGUUGUCGCUGGGAUCGCUGGAGAGUGGUUUCAUAAGACCGCUAUAAUCGCUGAAGUUUUUUUUCCUCAGCGAUCGCAGCGAUCACAGCGAUGGUAGCGAUCAUAUGGAAACCGGGCUUUACUUUGAUCAUGGCAUAUUUUAAACGUAAGGAUUGCUUACAGCGAAACCUCUAUUUAAACUGUGUAUCAUUAUGAAAAAGCCUUGAAGGCUAGUGAUAUCGCCGGUAUAGCCCAUCUCAAUAAGUGCAGUAGUUUGGUCGAGUUUGUUGAUUUCAGUGACUUGAGUAGAGCUACUGUGGGCUGUUUAUAAGUUUUUCCGCAUAAAUAACAUAGACCUAAAAUGUUCGUUUGUCUGGUGCCGGAAAUAUCACAAGUCAUGCUGAAACGGCGCCGCCGAGCUUCACAUCUCGGCAGAUUUACUUUGUGGCACAACGGCCGCCGGGAUACACAACUCUGAUUUACUUUGUGGCAUAACUUCCGUCGAGCUACACAACUCGGUAGAUUUACUUUGUGGCACAACGGCCGCCGAAACUUUUGAAAGAUGAACGUUUUGAAAGAUUCAGCAAACACAGAUCGAUAGUAGACCUUCAGCAAACUCUUGAAAUAUGUAAGCUUUACGACGAUUCAGCAAACUUUUAAAAGUUGAAGGCUAAAAGACCUCAGCAAACGCUUGAGGACGCACGAAUCACCACGUGAGUCAGUUCGUCAAAGUGAAGCAAAACGUAAGCAAGCGCCUCAAAGCGAGGCAAAUGUGUGUCGACGACGACGACGACAAACGCAAUCUCGAAAAAACCUCCCUUAUAAAUUGCACAGGGAACCCAACAAUGCACAGAACGCCCAACACAAACUAGGGGUUGCGUUCUCGUACCUCGAACGCAAUAAGUGAAUGCGAACAAAACGAGUAUUUAAAAAUUGCUAGGUUGCGAUUUAUAGUCGAUCGAAUCAAAUUGCUCUUGAAACAAUUUUUACAUCAAUUUAACAUGAUCUUGUCAUAAUUCUUAGCGUAACUUAAUUCGUGUUUUGCUUUCGUUAAGCGAUGCCUCUGGAGACUGACAAUUUGUCGCUUUCGAGCAGCAACAUCUCUGGAACAGCUAAUGCUACCAACAAAUGACACAUGACAAAGAAUAACGCUUCGAGAAGGAGAACAGAGUUCACAGUCGUUUCAAGUCCGAUUUUCCUUUCUCUUGUAUUGGUGUUUCAAGGUCUUUAUCUGACUUUUAAUUCCUUAACUUUGUUUGGUUUUACCCGUAUAGAACUCAUUAGGGGAGGUUUACCAGCGAGUGCAACAAGAGCCUCUAAUUCAAUGUCUCAUCAUUCCGGUGCGCAUCCACCCCAUUCUCCUCCUGUUUAUUCGCUCCCCAAUAUUUCAGCUUCUGCAGCUUCUCCACCCCCAGCGGUAGCACCACCGCCAGCGGCAGUACCACCGCCUGCUACUACUUCUGUAGCGUCACAGUCUGGAGCCCUAGGAGAAAAUAAAUCACACCAAGGUAAGUCCAUCUUAGUUACAAAAUGUGAGAAACAAGGUUCGUGUGCGUGGUUUGCACCUUUUAAGCUAGAGUUUUGAAGCAUUUCUUGGGGAGAUAAGUAGCUUUACGUGUCGUGUUAAUGCAAAUAUUCCUUUGUUGUUACAUCGCGGACUAUUGCGGUCCUGCUCAUUUACGUAACGUAGCUUAACAGUUGUUUUCAUAGGCUCUGUUGUUUUGCCUUUUUAGACCCCCUCUUUUUCCUUUGCUUUACGUUGUGGUUUUUACACUGAAAAAAAGAAAAUUUUACCUCGGUCGUGGACAAAAUAAAAGCAUAUUGGUUGAAGGAGAAUAGUAUUAUUGAACUUGCUUUGCAAAGUAUUGUCAGUAUUUAGAAAAAUAAUCAAUCUUAUUGUUACGAAUCACGAUAAUUUGCUCAAACUCGUCCACUGAUUUUUUGCUUUUUAAAGGUAUGUAACGGUAAUUUUCUUUUAUUAAACAGAUCACAAAGUAAUCCAUUAUCAUUACCAUUACAAUGAUCGGGAUCAACCAGAAACAACUAUAGGUAAAUAUAUUAAGGAAACCCCUUCCCGUGGGAAACGGUAGAUAAGUGUGGAAAUAUGGUUUAAAAAGCUCUGCAAAAUGAUGAAAAUAUUUUGAGAUAUGGUGCUGCUUUGACCUCAUCCAAAUUGGCGGUAGUCUUGGCUGUCACCAGUUUAUACCAAUAGAGGCCUUUGAAGCAAAAAUUCAGCGGUCUCCGUGUACCUUCUUAUGUUUUUUUUGUUGUAAAAGUUUAGCGGACCUGCCGGCAGCCGCAAAGAGAGAAAAAGAGGGAAAUUGCCAAGCUCAACUACUCCAUCUUCAAACAAUAUAUUUAGCUAAACUUCGCAAAAUAUCCCAAGAGCAUGAAAGAGGCCAUUAUAAAAGCUAACCAUCUCAUUAGCCCGGAGAUUAUCCGGUUUUUAUGAUUUGGCUAGUAAUAUGUCUACUCCUCUCUGAGUGUGUUUCUUAUCCAUCACUGGGUUUGCUUCCCCCCUACCCCUAAUUGAGCUCGCCGGUACCCAUAAAUACAUCUGGGUGGAGUCAGGCACUUUGAGAGUAAAGUGUCUCGCCCAAGAACACAACACAAUAACCCUGGCCAGGGUUUGAACCCGGAAUUCUCGAUCUGGUCUCCGAAAAACUUAACAUUAGGACAUUGCGCCUUCCACUUACUAACUACAUUAUUGAUUUUAGACAGGUAGAGAGCAGUCCAGAAGUGAAUACUGUUAAUCCAAUUUUAUACUCGGUUGUCACCUUCUUUGUCUAAUUUUAACAAAAGACAUCAAUAAAGUUAAGGUUCUAAUCCAUCAAAACUUCUGUAGUGAAGAAUAGGAAAACUUCGUAACCCUAUCAAUUUGUCUGACUAUUCGUUUAUAGAAGACAUAGAAUGUCCCAGCAUAUGCGCAAGAUCAGACAAGUGUCACCCUUCCUGUCCAUUGUUUUGUUGCAAACGAAGUAACAUUAUUUCAACAGCGACGAGGAAAUGA